GUUGUGGAGGAAGAAGGUGUGAAGAUGCUUGACUAUGGUGGAUGGGUGAAGGAGGUGAAGGUGGAAGAAGUUGCGACGGUGCUUGGCUAUGGUGGAUGGGUGAAGGAGGUGGAGGUCGAAGAAGGUGUGAAGGUACUUGGUUAUCGUGGAUGGGUGAAGGAGGAGGAGGUGGAAGAAGGCGUGAAGGUGCUUAGCUAUCGUGGAUCGGUGAAGGAGGCAGAGGUGAAAGGAGGUGUGAAGGUGCUUGGCUAUGGUGGAUGGGUGAAGGAGGUGGAGGUGGAAGGAGAUGUGAAAACACUUCGCUAUGGUGGAUGUGUGAAGGAGGUGGAGGUGGAAGAAGGUGUGAAGGUUCUUGGCUAUGGUGGAUGGUUGAAGGGAAUGGAGGUGGAAGAAGGUGUGAAGGUGCUCGACUAUGGUGGAUGGGUGAAGGAGGUGGAGGUGGAAGGAGGUGUGAAGCCAGGCUAUGGCGGAUGGGUGAAGGAGGUGGAGGUGGAAGAAGGUGUGAAGGUGUUUGGCCAUGGUGGAUGGGUGAAGGAGAUGGAGGUGGAAGAAGAUGCGAAGGGGGUUGGCUAUGGUGGAUGGGUGAAGGAGGUGGAGGUGGAAGAAGGCAUGAAGGUGCUCGACUAUGGUGGAUGGGUGAAGGAGGUGGAGGUGGAGGUGGAAGGAGGUGUGAAAGUUCUUGGCUAUGGUGGAUGGGCGAAAGAGGUGGAGGUGGAAGAAGGUGUGAAGGUGUUUGGCCAUGGUGGAUGGGUGAAGGAGGUGGAGGUGGAAGAAGAUGCGAAGGUGCUUGGCUAUGGUGGAUGGGUGAAGGAGGUGGAGGUGGAAGAAGGCGUGAAGGCGCUCGACUAUGGUGGAUGGGUGAAGGAGGUGGAUGUGGAAGGAGGUGUGAAGGUGCUUGACUAUGGUGGAUGGGUAAAGGAGGUGAAGGUGGAAGGUGUGAAGAUGCUUGGCUAUGGUGGAUGAGUGAAGGAGGUGGAGCUGGAAGAAGGUGUGAAGGUGUCUGGUUAUGGUGGAUGGGUCAAGGAUGUGGGGGUGGGAGAAGCCAUGAAGCGUGAUGAA